UCCUGCACCCCCCGGUCGCUUCUCUUAUUGCUGCUUUACUCCUUCAUUGUCGCCACACGCGGGCGCGUUGCAGCUCAUUCUUACUCACACUGCCUCCCACCGACACCACUGCAGUUUAAAGAGGCGGCGAGGCAGCGAGAGUGAAGGCGGAGCGGGAAGGAGCGACGGCCGGGGCCAUGGCGACAAAGAAGAACGCGAUGAUCUCCUCCGUGUUGUUGCUGCUGGUGUUGCUUUGCGGACCGUGGGCGGGCUGCAGGGCGCACAACAUCACCGCCAUCCUUGAGCGCUACCCGGAGUAUACGCUGUACAACAGCUACUUGACCCGGACCAAGGUGUGCGAUGAGAUCAACGCCCACGAGACCGUCACCUGCCUCGUCCUCGACGACGGCGCCAUGUCCACCCUCGCCGCCAAGCGCCCCCUCGCCGCCAUCAAGAACGCCCUCCGCCUCCUCGCCCUGCUCGACUACUUCGACCCCCCUAAGCUCCACGCCCUCUCCAGCGGCACGACCCUCACCACCACCCUGCUCCAGACCACUGGCAACGAGGCCGGCAACCUCGGGUUCGUCAACAUCACCAACCUCCGCGGCGGCCGUGUCGGCUUUGCCUCCACCGCCCCCGGCUCCAAGUUCGACUCCACCUACACUAAGUCCAUCGAGCAGAUCCCUUACAACCUCUCCGUCCUCGCCGUCUCCGCCCCCAUCGUCUUCCCGGGCCUCCUCGACACCCCCACCGCCGCCUCCUCCAACCUCACCGCCCUUCUCGAGAAGGCCGGGUGCAAAACCUUCGCCCGGCUGCUGACCACCUCCGGCGUGCUCAAGGUCUUCCAGGACGCCAUGGCCAAGGGCCUCACGCUUUUCGCCCCCAAUGACGAAGCGUUCAAGGCGACAGAUGCGCCGGAUCUGAACUCCCUCUCCAGCGCCGAGCUCGUGACGCUCCUCCAGUACCACGCGCUGCCUUCCUACACUCCCAAGGCGUCGCUCAAGUCCGUCGGCGGCCGGCUCCCCACCAUGGCAUCCAGCGCCGCCGGCAAGUACGACCUCUCCGUCGUCUCCCGCGGCGACGACGUGUCGCUCGACACCGGUGUAGACACCUCCCGCGUCGCCAGCACGGUGCUCGACGACACCCCCGUGUGCAUCCUCACCGUCGACAACCUCCUCCUCCCCAUCGAGCUCUUCGGAGCGGCGCCAUCUCCGGCUCCCACACCAUCUCCAUCGACAUCCCCCGUCGAGGCCCCGGCCCCCACCCCCGUGGCCAAAGCACCGUCGCCGAAGUCCCACAAGAAGCAUCAUUCACCCCCGGCCCCGCCGAUGGCGUCCCCGGAAUCAGCUCCCUCGGACGCUCCGGCGGCCGCAGCGGACAAGGCGGACGUAAAAUCGGCGGUCGGGGUGGCGACGCCGAUCGGAACCCUGGCGACCGUCGCAGUGGUCUUGACAACCUUGGCGAUGGCUUCUCUGCCGUGAGACAAAUCAGCAGCGUGCGAGAGAUACCGAGUGUGGGAAUCGUUUGCCUUCUCUGCUUUGGUCCUACGUUUUGCUCCUCCUCGUCUCCUUUUAGAUAAUUUUAUUUGUUAGUCUGGGAUGGUUAUGGCGGUGGUGCUGUUGAUCUGUUGUGAUUUGGACCUUGUUCUGAGACUACGUGGAUUUGUUCUUCUUUUUGUA